UUAUUAUGUGCUUGUGUCUCUUUUUUCAGGAGCACUUUGUAAACAACAUGACCAUGUCAAACAACGAAAUUGAUACAACCAUCAAAAGGUUGGCUCAGGCCAUGAUGCCAGGUUGUAUGUUGAGUUUAAAUUAAAUACUUUUGAAAGAUUGGGCGGGCCAUAUUCAAACACUUGGCGGGCCGGAUGUGGCCCCCGGGCCGUAGUUUGCCCACCACUGUUCUAAACAAUUACAUAUCCGAUAGAGAUGUUUACUUACUGUCUGUUGUCAGAAAUGGGUAUACUACUUUUAAAAUAUGACUUUUAAAUUGAACUGAGACUAGCAUACUACAUAUUUUAGUGUUCAUUUAUAUUUUUCCGUACAAUGUCAUACUCCAAAUGACCACCAGGAGGCUCUAUUAUUGGCGCACCAUACAAUGUAGCCACACGGUAAUGCUGUAUUACCUUAUCAGAUUCUGACUUGACUCUUUUCUGCGGUUUGUAUGAGUGGACACGCCCGGAAAUAAACAGGAGGAUGUGGGAGGAUUUGAAUGACAUCUGCUUGGAAUUUCAUUCAUCCAUCAAAAAUGUAUUAGCCAUGACUUUUGUUGAACCGACAUACUGACGCAACAUUAUGGGUGUUUAUAACAUUUGUCAAAAUGUGUCAAGUAUUAGCACUAUUUGAACUUUUUUCUCAGACCUCCAGCAUUCAUUUCAAGAUAAAUCGCAAUAUUAUUGUAUAUUAGUUGUGUAUAGCCUUUAAUGUUGAGAUAGUACAAACGUUACUUUACCAGUUACUGUUUUUUUUCUGCAAGGAUUAUUUGUAAGUCAACAAUCUAAUCACAAAUUACCAUUUAAAAACAGUACAAUCUCUUCCAGGCUACUGGUCAAACUUCAGAGCAUUUUUUCCCCAUAACAAAUCCUAGAAAUUGAAUAAAUGUCUUUGAAUUUAAAGUAAAAUAAAGAUGUCAUACAGAUGGAAAAAUAAGUCAAGAGCUGAUUAUUAAAUCAUACUAAUUAACUCAGCAUGCAUCGAUCAAUCAGCGCAGAUUUUCUUAAUUCACUUAAUACCAAAAACGUAUUUCAAAAUGUUUCUUUAACCCAACGUUUGCUCCCAAAGAUGUAAAUUUUUCCAUAUGAGAGGCAAAAAGAGGUGAUGACGACAGUGCACAAUAAAAGAGGUCACUUUUCAAGCAAUUUUAAGCAAGGGGGGAAGUGAGAGCGUGGAGGAGUGUAGCGUGCAGAAGGUCAUGUAUUUUAGGGAAAUCUGAAGGCUUGCACACACGCACAUGGACGCACACAGUUUCUUUGUGUUGUUUAAGUUGUGGUGCAGCUUUUUAGACAUUGGAACUGUAACAAAAAUUAAAAAAAUUAAGUUGGGAGCUGAUAUUUUCCUGAAACUUUCCAAAAGGAAUGGAAAAAUGUAGGAAGAAACUAUUUUUUUCUAAUGAAAGACAAGAGUCUAAUCUUUCUUUUGGUAAGUUCCAUGUUUAUAUCGGUAGAACACAAUAUUUUGUGUGCCUUGAAAAAUCACUCAAAAUCGUAAAAAAAGGGCCGGUAAUGAAGUGGUUGAAUUUUGAAAAAUGUCUGGGAUUGAAUGACAUAAUUCAGGAUGAUCCUUAUAUAUGAGACCAAUCUUAUCCACCAAUCUUAUCUUAUACAUGCAAAAAAAAUACACUGCUAAUAGAAUACAGUAGAUAUGACCUGGGAAUAAUAAUAAUAAAAUAAUAGUAAUAAUAAUAAUAGCCGUUGGGGCGGCAGUGGUGUUUAAACUCCUGCUGUGAAUGAUGAUGAUGGCUAGGUUUGCUUGAGAGAUGAGUAUCACCAUCAUCAUCAUCAUAAAAAUAUGCACAUUAGAUGAGUAAAUCUACUCCCAUCACAAACUUUGGGUCAUACUGAUUAUUAUUAUUAUUAUUUUUUAUAAUUUACAGUAUGUCUCUAUCGCAAACCUUUUUCAAGCUACAACCUUUCCAAAUGUCAAAACUGAAAAAAAUGCAAACCAUGCAGUCUACUUGUGACUUACAGUAUUUUAGCCAUAGUUAGCCAUAUUGUACUGAACUGCCAGGACAGAGCACCACUUUUCUAUGCAUUUAAAUACAUUCCAUUUCUAUUUCUAUGGUUGUCAUCACAUUUUUGGGGGCAUAUUUUGUAAGAUUUUUAUGUUGAACUCUCAACGUGUUUUCGGGGCAUGUGACUUUGACGUUUACAGUUUAUUUGCCUGUAAAACCUCCUCGACAAUAUGAGCACUUGUGUACAUUUCAUGUAGUUUCAGUUUCACGUACCAGAUUGUAGUUUCCAUCGUAGAAAGAUAAGACUUAUGACAUAAAUUUCCUAGACAGGAUUGUGGCUGUAGACUCCAGCUAUCUGACUAAUUUAGGGGAAUGGGAGGAGUGGGAGGAGAAGGAGAAGGAAGCUGAGCCUGCUUUCAGAGAGAGCGAGGAAGAUGACGAAUGGUGACUGUAACUCCUCCAGUUGAGGGAGGGGUGGCGUCACGACCAUAGAACUUGCUUUUGGUCGCGGUAGUUUGUUAGACUCGGCGAGCACAGCGUGUCUGCAGGCACGUGGAGGAGCAGCUUUCGCAUGGAUGUGUUGACUUUGGGAUAGUUGGAGAGUGUUGCAUCCAGACAUGUAGCCAGCAUCAGAGGCGGAUCCAAUUCCUGAUUGCAAACUAUUUUCCCUCUCAAACAAGCUUACACUACCUCUCGGACUGGACUGUGGUACACUGACUUCGUCUCGCCCUCCCCUGCCCCCUCGCCCUUCAGCAAUGGCCUCACGCAUUGGUCUGCGGAUGCAGCUGAUGCGAGACCAGCUGCAGCAGGAGGAGCAGCGUGAGCGGCAACAGCAGCAAAAUGCAGCCCUGCAAUACAUGCAGCAUCGCAUGGCUGCACCACCUGCGCCCAGCGCGGCAAUUAGCGCCCCGCAGAACUACCAAAGCAUGCAGGUCCCCGUGGAGGUUCUAAAGGUACAGACCCACCUUGAAAAUCCUACAGACUACCACAUCCGUCAAUCUCGGAGGCAGCAGGUGAAAGAGUACCUCUCCACCACCUUUGCCACCAAACAGAUGGUUCACGCCGUAGCCGGGCCGAUGCCACCGUCUCCUCCCGCAGCCAUUGGACCCACGGGGGGCUCAGCGUCUCUCCCGCCUCCCCCGCAGUCCCCACACAGGCGCACCGAGCAGCUCAUGAGCGGCAACAGCGCACCCAACAGCCCCAUGGCCAUGCUCAACAUUGGCUGCAGCCACGAGCAGGAGAUGGAUGAGGUCAUUGAUGACAUAAUCAGCAUGCAGUCUAGUUACGAUGAUAUCCAGGCCUACAUAGACCCGAUCCAGAUGCCCAACACACUCCCCUUGUCCAGCAGCCACCUGGAUGUGUACACGGGUCCUGGCAUGAAGGGGCCAGCCAUUGCGAUGACGAGCAACUCCUGUCCUGCCAACUUGACCAUCAAACGGGAACUCUCAGAUGCAGAAGCCCGUGCCCUGGCCAAGGAGCGACAAAAGAAAGAUAACCACAAUCUAAUUGAAAGAAGACGGAGGUUCAACAUCAACGAUCGUAUUAAAGAGCUCGGCACAAUGAUUCCCAAAACCAAUGACCUUGAUGUGCGCUGGAACAAGGGCACCAUACUGAGAGCGUCUGUGGAGUACAUCAAACGUAUGCAGAAGGACGUCCAGAGGACCAGAGAGGUGGAGAAUAACUUUAAAAGGAUGGAAAUGGCCAACAAGCAGUUGAUGCUUCGUAUUCAGGAGCUGGAGAUGCAAGCUCAUCUGCAUGGACUACCGAGCACCUCUCCGUCCGGCAUCAACCCAGGUGACGUGAUGGCCCCCCCGUACAUAAAACAAGAGACCAGCCCAGAGGAGAACCUAUCCCACUCCCAGACACAAGCCCCACACCAGCACCUAUCCCAAAAUCCACCUCCACCGCAUCCUCAGCAGCAUCACUUCCUCCCGCAGUCCCACCUCCACCCACAGGGCCCGGCUCAGCCUCAGCCGCCCAGGCAGAUGACCAUGCUCCCCCAGCACCUCCACUCCCAGGCGCCCAUCCAGUACCCGGCUGUGGGCAGCUCCCAGCCCUUUGACUUUGCCCAGUCGCUGGACUUGUGCGACGGGAUGCAGGCGUUCUCAGACGGCAUGUCAGGGCUGGGCGAUCUGGGAGGACUGGACAUGCAGGGCCGCAGAGGAGACAUGGGUUUCCUGAUGAUGGAUGAGCCCUUGUCCCCCAUGGGAGGGGACCCUCUGCUCUCCACCAUGUCCCCGGAGGCCUCCGUCGACUCCAGUCGCAGAUCCAGCUUCAGCAUAGAGGAUGGAGACAUAUUGUAGACGCACGUAUGCGCACGCCGACACACACACACUCUCGAUAUUUUACCACUUUGGCAGGAACAGAAUCCCGCAUUGCAUCCGACAUUUACACACGUGCUUCUUGACACGCUUUACACGCUUGACAUCAUCCAAUGAAUUUUCAAGGUCAGAUGUUUUUACGGUAUGUUAUUCCCAUGAAAGUGGUCAUCAAAAGGCUGAACCAGAAAUAAGAAGAUAAAUCUUAUUAUGUUAUGUUAUGAUGUCACCGUAAUAUUAAUGGAUGAUCCCGAAUCAAACGGAAUUAGCUUCACGGUCCUGCACGUGUAAUGUAGUGUAACGUGACGCCUCUUUGUUCCAUUAUUGUGUUGGUCUGUGUGGAAUUGCACAGUUUGUCGUCACUGUGAGCACCAUUCGGGUGGUGUUUGUUGCUUUAAGCAUGCUAUAAUUAGCGUCUUCUUGUCGUGGACACAUUUUGGGACAUGUUGAAAUGCACGUGGUGGGACGUUACUGGAACCUGUCUAACAUUUUUACUUUUCGCGAACUCACACAUCCACCCGUGCCACUUUUUUUUUAGCACCUCGUUUUAGUUAAAAAACCACGUCCUCCACAUCCAUCAUACUCAGGUACUGUAACAGAAGUCACAAGCAGGGUCAUUUGGAAUAUGUAUGACAAUACUUUAUAUACUGUAAAUGUUUUUUUUUUCGCCCAUUUUUUUCAAUGGUGGAAGCCAAGACAGUAAGAUACACUCGCGUUCUCUUCCUUGUACACACACUCUGCACCUUGUUCACUGAGGUUGUUUUCAAAUCUACACACGGCCGACUGUCCUUUACUUGACUCCCGCUUAUCUGAGCGGAGUGACGUUCACACGCUCAUCCAAAGAACAUCUUUUUGGACGCUUGCAUCUUGUUGUCAUGGCAGUCUGAGGAUUAUUCAUUAUUAAGAUAGGAAAACAAAUUGUGAUUUUUUUUUCCUUGUAAGUAGGGAUGGGCAUGACUACAUUUCCUUGAUUGACUAUGACAGGAAUUAAUAAUCAAUUCAUCGAUUUGUAUAAUUUUUUAAAAAUAUGAUGCUUCUCUGAAUGUUCUGAACUCCCUUUUCCAUGUAUUGAUACAAUGAUGCAUCAUGUAGUUGUUCCAUAGCCGAGGUCUGAGUAGCUCCUCAUUUUUUUGUGACGGCAAACUAGUUAAGACUGAAUCAACAGCGCCUCUACAGGUUGCAACCCGGUACUGCAUGUUAUUUUGCAUCCACUGAAAAUCUAUUUCACACCAUUGACCAAAUUGUCAAUGAUUAAUUAUCGAUGAAGUGAUUAUUUGUCAUUAUGCCUAUCCCUAAUUAUGAGAUGUGUUUAUUGUAGUUUGUUGUUUAUCUAAUCUCCCAAAGCACUGGAAACUAUAUUCUUUAGACUUUGUACAAAUACGGACUAUUAUUAUUAUUAUUAUUAUUAUUAUUUUGCUGUUUCAU